GAAUACAGAUUCUAUACAGUAGUCGGACAGUGAAACAGCGACACAGUCGACGUCUGAGGAGACACUGUUUCUCUUGUUCCUGCCAGAGCAACCGCCCAGGGCUACAACGCAAGCAGCAGCAGUUCAAAAGGAUAGCCGGUCGCGUGGAUUCGCGCACGCAGCUUUUUCCUUUUCGUUCUUCUGUCCGUUUUCCGCUUGUGCAAACCGGAACUCGAAGGGAUUCGAGCCGCUGGCUUCUCCCUUCUUUGGUCGCUCUCAAGAAACGCCCCUCCUCGCUUGUCCUCUCUCCUCUAGUCGCUGCGGCUUUCUCUUCACUACACACGCUCCACGAUGGGGAUUCUAGAGCGUAUCAAGGAAAUUGAGGCCGAAAUGGCCCGCACUCAAAAGAACAAAGCCACAGAGCACCAUCUCGGCGGACUGAAAGCGAAACUCGCGCGGCUUCGCUCGCAGCUCCUUGACCCUCCAAAGGGAUCUGGAGGCGGCAAGGGCGACGGAUUUGACGUGGCCAGGCAAGGAGAUGCGCGCGUAUGCAUGAUUGGAUUUCCGUCUGUUGGAAAGUCGACGUUGCUGAAUUCCUUGACGGCGACGUCUUCUCAGCCGAGCGCCAUGACGGUGGGAGCGUCUGGGACGUCUGCGGGCACAGACUCUGUAAAGCAGCUCUCGGCUGUCGGAGCCUACGAGUUUACGACGUUGUGCUGCCAGCCGUCAGUGUUUUACGUGAACAACGCGAAGAUCCAGCUACUGGACUUGCCUGGAAUUAUCGAAGGCGCAGCUGAAGGCCGCGGCAGAGGGCGACAGGUGAUUGCUGUGGCACACAGCUGCGAUUUAAUUCUCGUCGUCCUCGACGCGACCAAAGAUGAUCGACAGCAACAACUUCUUGUCAGGGAGCUCGAGGCGGUCGGCAUUCGCCUCAACAAGCGCCCACCAAAUAUCUCGCUGCGCGUCAAGAAGGGAGGAGGUUUGACGGUGAACUUUACCGUACCGUGCCCCCGGCUGAAUCUGAAGACCGUUCAACAAAUCCUGCAGGAAUACAAAAUAUUCAAUGCCGACGUCGUUAUUCGCGAAGACUGCUCCGCGGACGACUUCAUCGACGUCGUGGAAGGCAAUCGCAAAUAUGUUCGCUGCAUCUACGUGUACAACAAGGUCGACAUGCUGCCUCUGGACGAGAUCGAUAAGAUUGCGAGAAGACCCUACAGCGUCGUCAUCAGCAGCAGCGCCCUGUGGAACCUCGAGCAGCUGAAAGAGCGCAUUUGGGAGGAACUUGGCAUUUCGAGGGUGUACACGAAGAAGAAGGGGCAAUUUCCUGACUUCGAAGACCCUGUCGUCAUGACAGAGCAACGAGGGCCUUGCACAGUGGAGACAGCUGUGUCGAUGAUCCACAAGGAACUUCUGAAGGACUUCAAGUUCGCGCUCGUCUGGGGUUCCAGCGCGAAACACAGCCCUCAGCACGUUGGCUUAAGUCACCGUCUCGCCGACGAGGACGUCCUCCAGAUCUUCAAGAGAAUUUGA